GGGAGAGUUGGAAUAGAAAUGACCGGUCAUAAAUUCGAGUCGCAUGAAACCCGAAACACAUCGAAUUCGCGAUACCGGUCGAUCCGUGCGUGUGCACCUAAGUAUACCGCGCUCACCGGAUAGUGCAUGCUUAGGUGUGUUUGCACGGUUCCGGUCUGGUACAUGCCGGGUCUAGUUUUGCGAGCGAGUCUCGCGGGACGGGAGAAGAGACUAUCUAGCCAUAGUUAAGAGUCAGUAAUUCUACUCCGGGCGUAACAUGACUACAGCAGGGACCUAUUCCGACACGUAGAAGACCGCCACCGUGAUAGAACAGCGUGUCCGCGUUCUCCGUUGUACGCUAUCCGUCGAGCAGUUAACACCUUAAGCGGCGAGUUAAUUUUCCUGAACUUCGCAGACUUCCCGGCGCCGUUAAUCGGUAGUUUCGGUCCGGUCGUUCGCCGUCGGUCACCGGUGUGACCGACGCGGCAGAAAGCGAGCUUCGGGGACCGUGUUCGGCUACUAGACCCGGAGUGAUUUUUUGGAGAACAGUUGCCAGCGAGAACUGGGCACGAUUCCGGCGAUCGGUUUUCCCAUCGAACCGAGCAACGGCGCGCACGAUGUCGUUGCACUGUCGGCUAGACAGGUCUAAAUGUGUUCCAUAGCGAUGCCCGCCGAGCUGCUUCUGGGGCAUAGUCCGCCAGUGUACAGCUCGCUGCUGUACAGUCCCUUAGUGGUAACGGCACCGACGAUUACCAGUAGGUCGGUGCCGCCCAGGAUAAGACCCUGCUUGUCGACCGGUUCUCUAGCGAUAAACAACCUUCGCAGCAGCAACGAUGGCAACAACAAGCAGAAGAAGAGGGUGGUGUUCGCCGACGACCGCGGUCGUCCGCUUACCCAGGUCCGCGUGAUGUCGGAGCCCAGCAACGUGCCGCCAUUAUGGAGCACGGCGUACCUGGCCGGCCUAACCGGCAGGCUUCUUCACUCGAAGAUAGACAGCGAGGAGCCGCCGGAGGUAACGUCGCCCUGGCAAGUAACGUUCCCGCAACCGGCCAGCGACUACCUGGCAUUCCGGCGGAAACUCGACCAAGGGAACGUGAGCUUGGAGAACGUGAUCGUCAGAGAGUCUGAACAAUGUCUGGUGGGCACGGUGAAGGUGCGGAACAUCGCCUACGACAAGGAGGUCGUGGUCAGGGCGAGCAACGACUCCUGGAAGACGCACGAGGACGUCUACUGCACGUACGUCGAGCAGCCCGGCUCCCCUGCACUGAUCCUCUACGACACGUUCCGGUUUCGACUGACCCUGCCGCUCAAGUCGAACGUGGUCGAGUUCUGCGUGCGGUACCGCACCGACGGCAAAGAGUUCUGGGACAACAACGAGGGGAAGAACUUCAUCGUCCGCAAGAAACUGGAGCCCCGAGCCCCGCCGAAACGGUACGACAUCUUGACGACGAAGUGCGACGGUAUCCCGAGCAGCGGGAUGGCGCGGGAGAACAGCAUACCGCGGAUCACGGACGCGACCAGGGUGAACGUUCGCACCUGGAGCGAGUUCGCGUCCUGGCAACACCUGGCGAACGACGCCCCGUACUGGUGAACCGGCGACGAUCCCCGUGAAACGAUGUACGAAACCGUACAAAUUCUUCCAAUUUGCUUGGUUAAUUGUCGAGGCGUAGAUCACGCGGGACGAGGCGUCGCGGCGUCUUCUUGCGGCACACGAGGGACGCGGUGGCCGUAUGAAGCGUGUGUCGUCGGGAACUCGCGCCAGGAACAGAGGCCCGGAGAGGAGAGCAUCGACGAGAGAAGGGAAGAAGCGACACGGACCACCGGAUGAGCUGAAAUCGGAGGGACAAUGCUGCGGACCCACACUAACAUGUACACACACGCGCACGUACACACACAUACACAAGCAGCACACACCGGAUCAUGAACGAGUCGUAGAAAGAAGUUGUAGCAUCGUUCGCACAGAAGACACGAGGAGACAUAGAAGGGACGCUCUUACGCGCGGAGAUCAUGGAAAAGAGACACGUUCGGAGGUGGAAGGCACGGCGCGGGAUCGGAGAGGAGGCACUGGUCGCGUUACUUCUAUGACAGCAACGCACGGAAAACCCGAAUCCACGCAAAUUAGCCGAGCGGCGUAUCGACGCGCAGAGCGCAUCAUCGAUCAUCGGAGAUGGUUCCCAUCGAAGCUUCCUCUUUUCUGCUGACACGAAGACCGUCGUGCGACUUCUUUUCGAACGUCGCCUUCUUCCUCCUACUCUUCAUCUUUCCUGGAUCUUCGCUGCCAAAACCGAGGACGUCCCGUCAAGAUAAGUUCUCCGGCAUCGAGCUGACCAGAUCUCGCUGAUCCGUUCUUCUUUCUCUGAAGAAACUCACCGUCCUUGCCGCCUUUCUUUCUCUAAUUCAACUCACUCUCUGUCAAUCUAUCUGCUUUUUUUUCCUCGUCGUACGAACUUGUGCACGGAUGUGGCUUGUGUUCUAUUAUUCUGUCUUUUUUUUUCUUUUUUUUUUAAUGGGUUUCACUUGGGUAGGGUGGGUAAAGGAUUGUCAUUCGCUAGCACGUAAUGCAGGUGAAAGGACCGCAGAAUGAUCGGCACACGCGGAAGCUUCAUUCACACGAGAAUGCAAUGUCGUUGGCGCUAGAUUUGCCCUUUUUUUAUACUAGUAUGGCGGGCGCACACGAGAUUAUAGAAACGAAUGAGCCAAAUAGCUCGCCAUAGAACGAUGGGGGAGAGUUGUGCCAAUGGUAUCGAGCGAAGCUUCCGCGAUGAACAAUCGUUUUGCGACGAUAACACGAUGGAAAUCAACCUGAUGACAUCGCAACGCGGAGGCGAGCGGUUUCGAACGGAAUCGGUCGCGAUCGCUCGUUGUCCUGGGGGUCAACGAUCAAUGAGAGAACGGCGGGUGUAUAUUUUUUUACUUGAUUGAACGCCGCCGUCCUUCGCGACGGUGCGCAACAAUGUUUCUCGCGAACCACGUCGCACUGCUGGACUGUCCGAGCUGUGGGAUGCUUUGUUCCUUCUGCUCUUAAGUGGACUUUGCAUUUUAUACUUCGGUAAAUCUACUUAGAUAUAUUAGGGGCAUAGUGAGACAGUAGAGCGCAAUUGAAAAGAGAGUUGCGAGAGGAGGUACCAGAGAAUUAGCUAGGGAAUCAACUUGAGCAAUUACGUCACUACACAUUUGAAGAUGGUUAUUUCAGACUUGCACAGUCCACUAGUUUAAGAGUUGAACGACUCAACCGCAGGACAGUGCCGGUAGAAGUGCAUAAAAAAUUCUAGAAAGGAUUCGUUCGGUGUUGAGUAAGCGACGUUGAAUAUACGGGAUGCCUGAAAAGCUGUCUGUCCACUUUCCGACACCACUCUUGAGCCAACCUGUACGCUUAUUCGGAACGAAUCUGUUUCACCGUGUGUGUAUAAGAAUGUAUGUAUAUAAAUGCGUGCGUUUGUUUGAAGGCGAAGGUGUGCGAGGUGCGUGCACGCAGUAACAAGACGCCUGACGACGACAACGAAAUUCGAUCCACUCUCUUUUGCUUUCUUCGCUAUUGUUUCCGAGAAGAACCGCAACAAGCGAGCUACCGCUGUUAUUAUCGCAUGACGGAAUGCAUGCUCGGCGUUGUAUGUACGACAUUGUACGACUGGAUCGUACAAGAACGCCGGACCGCGGCUGCAAACGAACUUCUAAUCGCGGCGAAUGUUUCCAACGCGCUCAACUUCUUCGUGAUCUAUCGAUCCAUCAUUCUUCGUUUAUCAGCUCGAGAUCGCCUCUUGACUUGUAUAUCCUUUUCACUGUCUCGAGAGUGUAUUACACGGUAGCAAUGGGAAGAGAACUUUCCUCGAAUUUAGCCGAGAUAUGAGUUUAUCAAACUACAGUCAGAUGCCAAGAUUAACAAGUACUCUAGCGCCGGAGUCGAAAUUACUUUGAUAACAAUUCAUAACGGCGUAGUUCGAGCUCGAACUACAUAUUAAGAAAGCGUCCAAGAGGUUAUCUUAAGCUGGAGAAGUAGAAAUGAAUUAGUCUUUUAGUUCUGAGUGAGAAUGAAUGUGAAAGUAUAUAUAUAGUUGGAAAUAUUUGGUGGGAUUGAACAUUUGUAAUAUUUGAGUCUCUUAGGCAUGUAACACGCGCGUCUCCUGUGACUUUAGUCGCGUGGAACAAAUGACACAGAUACUCAGAGAACGAGAUUUUCUUUACAGGGACGUUGCCCGGACCUGGAACAUAGAUCUGGAACGUAGAUCACUAGGGAAUGGCGUCGAGGUGAAAAAUGUCGGACGCAUUAGAGCCUCCCCCACAGAGCCAGGAGCAACGACUGACGACGAUCCCUAAACACGAUCCAGCUUAAGAAAACGGUUUCAUUCGCUUUCGAAGAUCACUGACCUUGUUGGAAUUCGAGCCUGGACCCUCGACUGUUAGCCAAACAGGACUCCGACGGUUGUCGACAGUCAUUUACAAACACAGAGAAUUAUCCUCGCCCCAACUCGGCCUCAUUCAUGAAUUCAAACCAUCAAUAGCGGUUUGUAUUGUCCGCUUCUUAACCGGGUCUAGGGCCUUCCUAGGAUCUCUGUCCCGUUAACGUCUCAGAAAUUUAUCUUAUUAAAUCUCCUGACUCACCCCAGCCGAGUGUGCUAUUUUCUCGUCGUUGUAUUCCAAAGUCGUAUGACUCUCCAGGAGCCGUCUCCUGGACGUAUUCUUGUACUCGUACUUAAGCCUCGUGAUCCAGAGAAACACAUUUAUAUCUUGCAAGCGGUAUUCCGAUAUAGAGCUAGAAGCAACGGUUCCUUGAGAAUUAGGCGACAAUCGUAGCAAACGUAUUGUGUUGAAGAACAGACAGCUUUCGACUCUCCUAUGAUAUUGUUGUGCAGUGCUCCCUCCGGUUCAGAACUCCCCGACCAUUUAGUACUUAAUAUACACGACUCGAUACUCAUGUUUAUACAUACGUAUAUCGUUGUCUCACUCUCUUUCUCUCUUUUGUAAACAGAUCUCUAGCAAACUAGCUGCCAGUGUAUAUCGAGUAUGGUAAAAAUGGUCUUCUUCAAUUCUCAACACUGUUCUUUAUUUUGUUUUUAUGCCAAUGACGCUCUCGACUUGUACUAAUUAUCUUCAUCGCUGAUCCGCAGCGAUUAUUACUCUCUCUCUCUCUCUCUCUCUCUCUCUCUCUCUCUCUCUCUCUCUCUCUCUCUCUUUCUUUCUCUCUCUGCUCCUUGAAUGUCUGAGGUGUCGACUUUUCUCGGCGAUGCAUCUUGCACUCGAUCCAUUCCAGACGCGUUUUAGCACGCGUAAUCGAUUUCCAAAUCAGUUAGAUCCACGGAAGACUGUCUGGAACGAUUGAAUACUAUGGAAACAGAACGAACGAAACGAUUUCGAUCCUCGACGGGUAUUUACACUGAUUAGACUGUGGAUCUGGUGCAUUUGCGGUAGUUGUAAAAAUUCAAUUUUGUCAUAAUAAGAUCGAAACGAAAAUAAGACUUAUAUGUUCUAAAUAGCUUAAAGAAAUUAAAAAAUGCGUAAAGGUCCUCGGUCUAAUGGUCGCAUAUCCGAUCGUCCAAUGAUCCUUGAAUCAUCGGGCGAACGCCAGACAAUUAAAACACGAUCCUCCUGAUAAUCGCGUAGGAAACAAUAGUAUAUUUCUCUGUGUGUGUGUGUGUGCAUAUGGGGUUUUGUUAAAUGAACGGAGUGAUAUCUAGUUGAGGAAGAAUAUUUAUCGAACGUAAGAUUGAAUUCGAGGACACCCAAUAUAGAACGAACGCGAUAUAAUAUAUAUAUAUAUAUAAAUGUACAUAUGUUAAAGCAGUAACAGACAAAGCGAAAAACGAGUUCGAUGAAUCAGUUCGUUGCUGGUUCGGAGCUAUUCACCGGCAAGCUGCCACCUUUUCCUACAAACGUAUUAGUAAAUGGUCGAGAACAUAGUAUUCUGCUGACAUUAAAGAAUGUGUACGUUAUCCAGAAUCAUUGGAACACCCGUUGGAUAAGAAAAGGUGGCAAAACCGAAGUUUUCGACUGAUAUUAAGCCGCGUUACCACUCGAGCGACGUUGCCAAAGUGCCUCUCAAUAAAUCGAGUUGCCGAGAAUCCUGUAAAGUGUAAAGAAAAAUCGUCUUCGACCAGAAUGUACAUAGAAAAGAGUGAUUUAUUUGUCUAAUCUAGAAGUGCCGAUUUUAUCCGUGUAAUUUAUAUAUUCUGGUUUAUUCAGAGGCAUCGUAGUCAUUUUUGAAAGAGUCGCCUCGCCAGCCUUUUUGCUCGGCGGGCAGUUGAAUGUGUUCGUGCUCGGAUAAGUUAUUUAUUUGCGGUCGAUUGUGUCUAGUAUGGUGCGUUUUAAUUAAUUGCGUUUGUAUGAAUCUGCGAGACGUCACUCGAAUGUUCCUUGUAUACUAAUAAUAAUGGGAGGAGCUCCGCGAAUGCUGGGCAGAGCCAAUAUAAAACCGUCUCAAGUGGGAACGUGGCUUAAUUACCUGUUUCUAUUAAUCGCGCGGUUGAUUCCCGAUUUAUUCGACUCAGCUCCUGUAAACGAAACAACGCUGACUAUACAAUCGGUGGAAGCGAUGCAAUGCGACCUAUUAAUCAUCGAUCGGUCGUUUACCCUCCGAUCGAGCGCGCUUCACAGUUCCUAGAUCUCUUCCACUGGUCGUCGCGAGCUAAUCAAAACGAGAAUUAGGUGCGUCAGCGAGUGGAAGAAGCCCGGGUGUCCGUAAUUUAGUUAAAAAGCACGAAUUAGCUUUCCUAUCGUCUCGAUCAGUGUACUAACAAAACAGAGACACGCGCAUUGCGACGACAUAGCGAGACAGUGAAUCUUGUGGAUCCAAAAUUAUUUGGGUUUUGGUCAGCGAACGGUGUCAUAACAUGUUUAAAGGAGUGUCAAUGAUGCCAGUUUGUAUUCAAAGCGGCCUAAUUCUGAAUCAGCUUCAUUUUUGUACCAUUUGUUAAAAGUACAUUGAAAUACUCAAGACGCAGGGGUUCUGGACAGUACCCUAAUUGACACGGGUCCAGACAUUAGCGUUUAAUGGUUCCGCUGGGUUCACCGCGAUUCGCUGUAUCGUUUACCCUUGGUUAUACAAUUUUUCUUCUUGAGAGCCGCAAGACUGAUAACUUAACGCAGGUACACGGACUGUAUAUAGUAUCAUUAUAAGUUGUGGGAUUGAGUUUCGUUAAAACUAGCGUUCGUUUGGUCAUAGCUGCGGUCGCACGACUGUUUCGACGAGCCCGUCGAUUUAGAGAACGUUUAUGUAUUGUUUAAUUAAUUAUGUAUAUGUUUACGUGUAGAUAAACGUAAAGAAGCGACGGCCGUUGUGAAAAUACUCGCGCGACCGCAGUCUGUAAUAGGAACAGAAUAUGGGACACCGUGUCUUCCUCGCCUAGUAAUUAAUCGUUUUCGCUGGGUGAUCGGUUUUACACGAAACUCUUCUCCUCCGCGGCAACUCCAGCGUUGAGUUUACUCGUGAAAAAUAUGUUUUUAGGCUUUGCAAGACCGUACCCCCCGCCCGUCUCCUUGUUUUAUUUUAUUUUAUUUUAUUUCUUAAUCUCCUUGAACUCGUCAGAAUUGAUUCCCCCGUGAACAAUGUUUUAUAAUUAUUACAAUAUAUUUUAUCGGUAGUAUUCUUAGGUAGAGAAUGCUCUUUCUAUUCCUAGCGCUCGAUGUCCGACAUUAGCCUAAGUGCCGCGUGUUUAUAUUGUUACUGUAUAUCAUAUUUUUUAUCGAUAUCCAUCGAUUAUCAAUUGCUGUUAUAUUAUAAUUUUAUUUCUCUUUCUCUUCUUCUCUCACUGUCCUAUUCUCAUAAUUAAUAAUCGAUACGACUGCGGGUAUUCAUUCUUGUACAAAAGCGGAACGCGUCUACAUUUUUAUCGGUUUAACGUAAGAUGCUCAUAUACGUAUACAUACUCGGGUAAUUAAUUUGUAAAUAUACAAACAUGUUAUGAACAGACUAAUUAGCAAUAAAAUAUUUUUAGGUGGGAUGUGUUAA